AUGAUCAAGGUGACCGUUUUCUACGGCAACGAAGCCGACAAGUCGUUUGAUUUCGAUUAUUAUGUAAACAAGCAUAUGCCCAUGGUUCAAGAGCGCCUGACCACCUUCGGGAUGCGUUACUACAACGUGGAGAAGGGCAUAUCCGAUACCGACCCGAACGCCCCGCCGUUGUACACCGCCGUGGGUUACCUGUUCUUCAACGAUGUGGACGGCGUCCACGAGGGUUUCAAGAAUCACGGACGCGAACUGGUGGGCGACGUGAAGAACUUUACCGAUAUCGAACCACAGUUUCUCAUCAGCGAACUCAUCGCCUAG